UACAGCAGCAUCGCGAGCCUAACAGCACUCCCGACCGACCGAGACAAGUCGUGGUUGAAACUUGCUGCUCCUGUCCCUUUAAGGGAAGAAGAAACAUGUUAACAACGAUUCUUUAAUCAUUAAGUUUGUUGAGGAUUAUUCGGAAUUUUACGGGAACGAUUCAUCACGUCUGGAUUGCUAACUCGGCUGGAUUUUGUGGAAUGGCUGACGAGUUCAUUGAAAACGAUGCUAGCUGGGUGGUUAGCAGGGGUAUCGUUGACUAAACAUGGUGGCCACUAGCCGAAAUUUUUGAGGGCUUUGAAACAAUCAUAUAGGAUAGGUUCGCUUUGUAUCCCGUAACAUUGUAGCAACGGUGAAUGUUGCACUACAACUGUGUAUUCAAACUUGAACAUUUCAAAGGCACGUUGCUUUUAUGCAGAAUACUUCAGAAGGAGUCCUAACUGUCCGACACAAUACUUGUCAAGAACCGUGGACAACACGCUUGAAAAGUUGUCAAGUUGUUCUUCAUUCUCGGUGAAGUAUGUUGUGCACUAAGUAGGCUAUCUGGUAUGAAAACACAGCUAGCUCUACGAGACUCGAAUUCUCAUCGCGUAUACGCUAUGUGCGUCUUAUAAAGUAGCAAUGACUAGUCAUACAUAGGCAACUAAACAUUGCAACCUAUUAUCUUAGCACGGCUUGCAAUGCUAUUAUUGGGUUACAACAAUCCGAAAUAGAUUAAGCAGCAUUCUGAAGAUAAAGCCUAUAAAUCAUGGUAAAAUAACACAUUGCAGUCGAGGGGUAUCAGAUUGGGCUAUUUGGAAUACUCUGCUGCCAACAUGCGUGGCGAGACGUUAUGGAUUAUCGCGUAAUCCAACACGCGCCAGGCCGGAAUUUGGGAACUGAUGGAGCAGAGUGAUGUUGCCACACAUUUCUAAUGCAAAUUCAGCGCCACAUGUUUCAAAAAUGACGGUUUACAUUCGGUAGAUUUUAGAGGACUCGUGGAGGAUAUUACAUGGAGACUCGCCUGACAUGCCAAGGAAGGAGUUACCGCUACCGGAGGGUUGGGAGAAAACCCGGGACUUUGACGGGAAAGUCUACUACAUCGACCACAUUAACCACACAACCAGUUGGAUAGACCCGCGAGACAGGCAGACCAAGCCGCUGACGUUCGCUGACUGUAUAGGAGAUGAGCUGCCGGUGGGCUGGGAGGAGGCCUACAACCCUGCUGUGGGAGCCUACUAUGUAGACCACAACACCAAGAGCACCCAGCUGGAGGACCCCCGGGUGCAGUACCAGCGGCAGCAGGAGUUGAUGCUGAGGGAGUACCUGGGCGUGGCUCGCCAAGCCGUCAGCGCCCAGCAGGAGACCUACCGGGUGAAGGAGUACCGUCUGCAGCUGGCCCAGCAGGAGUACCGGGCCCUGCACGACACCUGGAGGAACCGCACCGGCUCCCAGAGCAGCUUGAACUCCAGGUCGUCCUCAAGCAGCAAAUAUGACCCAGAAAUCCUCAAAGCAGAGAUAGUGACGGCUAAAAGCAGUGUGAACCAGUUGAAGAGAGACUUGGCCUGUAUGAAACAGGAGUUGCUGUUCAAAGAGCAGGGCUUCCAGACUCUGAAGGCGUGAGACCAGAAGG